AUGAGCUUCCACCUGAGUGCCGAGGAUAUCGAGAUCAGGGAUAACCACAUCCUCUUCGCGCGUCUUAAGGACGAAGACGGAGAGUUCCAGGAAUCGGAGAUCAACUUGGAUGACUUCCUCGGAAACAACGACGGAUCCUUUGAAUGGGACGGUGAGAACUUCUCCGGGUCGGCCGAAAAUGUUAGAUUCGAGAUUGAAGGAGACGGCGAAGUGCCAGUUCUACGCGCAGACCUGUUCAAUGAAAGCGGAGAGGCAGUUGGAAGCGAUGUUAACCUUUCUGAGCGGGUCAUCAAUGAGAACGGGCACUUUGCCUUUGUAUGA